GGGAGACGCUUGGUCUUGCUUGACGUAUGCGCACGAUAAUGCGCAAUUUUCUUUAGAAGCAGAAAGUUGAUUUGCCAAUAGGUCGUAUGAAAAUUCUCUUAGAUCAAGACUGACCAAUACGUGCAUUUAAUGCUACUCAUUGUAUGAGAAGAUUUUCAACAAUUAUUUUGCAAUACCGUUAUUAAGCAUUAAUUAUCUUUGUAAAUUAUUGGUAAAUAGACAAAAUGCCAGUAAUAGGUGAAAUUUUCAAUAAUUCUUUCAACGCUACUAAAAUUUGUGGAUCAAAACAGAAUAGGAUACGAAAAAAAUGUUACAUAUUUGGCUCAGUUGCACGCUUGGAUGUUUCUUUCGGGUACUUUUAGCACGAUAACAUUUUUCAUAAUAUACUACGAAUAUUGUCUUACGAAUAAGAAAAAUAUUUAGUUCCAUUGAAAAUAUUCGUAUCAUUUGUUUAGUAAAAAUGAUUAAAAGAACCGUCAUGCUCUUUGCAACAAGGAUGGCGUCAUCCGAAACUGUUCACGUAGUUUUAUCAAAGUAAUGAACUCGUUAACGUACGGUAAACGUAUUCUUGUAUUGAAUUAAAGUGAAAUAAGUUUCGCUAAAUUAGUUAGUUACCACACCGUCGUUCGCGAUACCGAUUGUAACUCGAUAAAAAUUAAGAAAAACCAGGGUGCAGUGCGUUGUACUAGCAGUCAAACAUUGAAGUAGUUUUGCGCUGGUGUGUCGGAAAGCAAGUUACGUGAGUGGAUGAUGCUUGGAGGCAAUGAACGGAAUGGAGAGACAUGGGCAUGGACAUGGACAUUCGCAUGCACAUUCGCAUCGUCAUCGACAUUCACAUGGAAGUUUGCAAAAUGCAUCACAAAAUUCCAGUCAGUCAUCAAAACAUAGCCACGCUCAUAUACCGCAUUCACAAAAAGAUACGUCUGCUGUCCAAACACCUCAAAAGCCAAGAAAUUAUAAGUUGCUAGUUGAUCCAUUUUUGGUCAAAGGUGCUACAAAAUUAUACAGAUAUGAUGGCAUGGUUCCAGGAGAUCCAACUUACCCUGAAGUUCAACCACGAGACCCUAGAUCACAAUUGACAAGAAUUUGGACUCGUUUAGAACAACUUGACUUACCUGUACCUAGGUUUAAAAUUGACUCCAAUUAUUGUGGUGAACCUCCUCCACUUGAAGUGACAUUUUGCCAUUUAAAUGACAAUAUUGAUAAAACUUUUUUAUCAGAUAUGGUUCAGAAAUUUGGAGCUGUGGAGGAACUCAUUGUUUAUUAUCAUCCGUUGACCAAUAAGCAUCUUGGAAUUGCAAGGGUGGUGUUUGAAAGUACGAAAGCUUCGAAAGCUUGUGUAGAAAAAUUAAAUAAUACAUCUGUGAUGGGUAAAGUUUUAAGAGUAUUUCUUGAUGCAUUUGGGGAUGAAUGUAAAAAAAUUUAUGAUGAAUUAACUGCAGAAAAGAAACCAGAAAAGAAAAUAGAAAAAGAAAUAAAAUCUGAGAGUGAACAAGAGAAACAAACACCGAUAGAAAAAAUUAUUACAGAAGAAAGGGAUGAUUUUAAAAGUAGCAAAAAAAUGGUACCAAGUAUAGAAAAAUCAAGAGAUACAUAUACAGAAAACUCAAGAUAUAGCAAGUAUCGAGAUUAUCCCACUCCUAGUGGUAGUACUGGAAGUGAUUUAGGCUACGGUACUGCACCUAGUGAACUAAAUUAUUCUAGCAAUUAUUCUCAAAACUCUACUCCAGCUACAAAUUAUGAUUUUUACUAUAGUGGUUAUCACCAUCAACCUCCAAAUAAUUAUUUGCCAAGUAUGCCUCAAAGUGUGUCUCAAAAUCUUUCGAUACAACAAAAUUCUGGUAUGUGGUGGGGAAAUAAUACAGGAACAGCAAAUUAUGCAUCAUCUUCUAUGUGGCCCGUUCAACAUGGAACAAAUUUAGAUAAUUCUAAUUCUAAUGUAGCUCCAAUUUCCAAGGCUUCUAAUAUAAAAAUACAUCACACUCCAAAAAAAGAAAAGGAAAAUCAAAAUAUUACAAAAAAUUCAUCUAGAGAUUCACCAGUGGAGACACGUAAAACGUUAGACUUGGAUACCAGAAUUGCUAUGUUACUAAAAGACAAGGCAGGGGGAAUGGCACCUCCGUUUCUACAAUUUGGUAGUGAUUCAGAAGACGAAAAGAAAUCUGUCAAUGCAGAUAAUGAAAUGCUCUCAGAACCACCAAGUCCCUUUCUAUCUCAUGAAACGUACAAAUCGUGUUUUGAAAAAGUGAGAGAAAGAAAUAAAGAACAAUGGAAAGUGCAUGAAAAUAGCAUUAAUCAGUUUUCUAUUGAUGAAGAACUAGGUAGUGUGAUAAGUUCAAGUGAAGAUGAAGCUUUGUUGGGAAGUUACAGCCCUGCACCAGAUGAAAUUGAACCUGAACCACCAAAAGAACCACCGCCUCCACCUCCACCUGAUGAUGAUAGAAUGUCAUUAAGUCCGUUAAGUUCAGGGGAUGAAAAGAUUGAAGAGGUUAUAGCUCAAACAGAACCUACAAGCCAGUUGUACCCUGGAACUGGUUAUCCUGGACAUAUAACUCACUAUCCUGCCAAUGAUAUGUAUCAUUGGCCACGACCAGCACAAUAUCCAUACCCCUAUGGGGCAACAUAUUUACAAAGUCAUUACCAACCAAACACUACAUCAUUUUCUGGAACAGUAGGAAAUCAUCAAGGAACAAAUUAUUAUCCAUCUUUUCAAUCAAGAUUGCACGCGAUGGCAAAUCAUAAUAUUACAAAAGAUAAUCCACAGGCUCCUACUAUUAAUGGAGUAUUAAACAGAGUUGUAAAUGAACUAAAGCAAAUUUUAAAAAAGGAUUUUAAUAAAAAAAUGAUCGAGAAUACUGCGUUUAAAUUGUUUGAAGUAUGGUGGGAUGAAAAGAAAUCUGAAAAAAGUCAAAAUCAGGGAGGUGAUAAUGUUACUAUUAAUAAUAGUAAUAAGGAAGAAGGCUCAAAACCUCAGGGAUUAUCACUAUUAUUAGAACAGGCAACUCCACUUGGAUUUAAUUAUGAUGGAUUUGGUUUGGGCAUUAGAGCUAGCAUGCCAAAGAUGCCUUCUUUCAGGCGUAAAAUUAAAGCUCCAAGCCCAUUACCACAAGAUGAAGAUAGCCGUCAAUCUGACCAUGGAGAUACUGAAAUUAUAGAAAGCGAUAGUGAUCUUGAUUUAGCAUCUGUACAAAAAAUUGAAAGGCCAAUUACUUCUCUUCCAAGUAUUUCUUCAUCUUCAUCGUCAUCAGCAUCUAGUGAAAGUAGCAGUGAAGAAAUCAGUUGUAGUGAAUCUUCUAGCAGUUCCAGUGAUAGUUCUGACGAAGAAGUAUGUUCUGCGAACUAUGAAGAUGAGCAAGAUACAGACAGUCGUAUGUCAGAUCAUCGACCCCUUGCUUGCAAUAGUGAAGAUCCUGAUAUUUUAACAGAGCUUGCUAUUCAACGUUCAUUAGAUUGUCCAACUCCAACUGGCAGAGAAACACCAAUUCCUGAUAUUAAGAUAAAAGAUGGAAUUUCAAAUGAGUUUCCGCAGUGUGAUAAUGAAGCUAGCCCUAUACCAUCUCCACUGAGAUAUGAAAGUGAUAAGGAAGAAAGUGAAAAUGCAAAUGAAAAAUCUGUCAAUGAAGAAAAUCUUGAAAAACCUGUGAUCGUAAAAGAAGAUACUGUAACAAAGGACAUUGAAGAUGAAACACAAAAGAGAGUACAGAGUACACAUAUUUUAAUGAUACCAGGAAAACAAGAAUCAUGUGAUAUGCAAAAAAUGGAAAAUUCUGCGGCGGAAGCUUUAAUAACGUUAGCUGGUCAAGAUAAUAUUAUAAGACAUAGAAGUCCGGGACCUGUACAACCAAAUAUUAUUAGAGCUCUUCAAACUAUGUCUGCAAAAUACAUUAACGAUGAACCCAUAUUAAAAGAAUCAGAAAAAAUUGAGAUGUUUAGUGAAAUACCAACCACUGAUUCAGAGGAGGAGAGCUUAGAAAUUAGAAGGCUAAGGUAUCAAGCUGAAACUGAGCUACGACUGAAUGGUCAACAGAGUCCAAACUUGCAAGCUUCUCAGGUAUUCAUGGAACAUUCGUAUUCGUUACCACCGACACAAUCAGAAAUUGCAAAGGCUGUGCUUCGUGCACCUCCGGCGCCAAUAAAACCUGUAAAAAUGAAACCUCCAAAAAUGAUGAAGUUGGUAAAGGGCAAAGACAAAACUCAUAAAGUAGAAAAGAGGAAAUAUAACAAAUAUAGCAAGAUGCAUACUCAUCAGAAUCAUGAAGGAGAAAAAGAAAAUAUUGAAAAUGAAUUUGUUUAUCAAAAAUAUCCGAAAAAAGUGGAUGAACCAACAGUAACAUAUAAAGAACGUGAUUUAAUGUCCGAAAUGGCUAUUUUAUAUGAAUUUCUAACUAGAGGAAUAGAUGCGGAGGAUGUGGAAUAUUUAAGACGAAGUUAUGAAGCUUUGUUAGCCGAUGAUAGUCAAGGUUAUUGGUUGAAUGAUACGCAUUGGGUCGAUCAUCCACCAACAGAUCUUCCAAGUCCUGCAAAACGAAGAAAACGGGAUGAACUCAGAUUACAUACUAGUGGAAGCGCGAGAACGGAGGGAUAUUAUAAAGUUGAUGUACGAGAGAAAGCUAAACAUAAGCAUCACUAUGCACAAAGCAUACAGCGCAGUAAUGAUGUGGAAGAUAGUAAUGGUCCUUAUGCUGGAGGUGAUGGAACAAUGAAUGGUCCAAAGAAUAAUACUAAAACCUUAACCGGUAAAAUGCAAGCUUUAUCUCGAGAAGCUCGAAGUAAUCAACGUCGAUUAUUAACGGCCUUCGGUAUUGACACCGAUAGUGAUCUUCUUAAGUUCAAUCAACUGAAAUUUAGGAAAAAACAAUUGAAAUUCGCUAAAUCUGGGAUACACGAUUGGGGCUUAUUUGCUAUGGAACCAAUUGCAGCCGAUGAAAUGGUUAUUGAGUACGUUGGCCAAAUGGUUAGGCCAGUUGUUGCUGACUUAAGAGAGUCUCAGUAUGAAGCUACCGGUAUUGGAAGUUCUUAUCUUUUCCGCAUCGAUUUAGAUACAAUUAUUGAUGCAACGAAGUGUGGAAAUUUAGCACGGUUCAUUAAUCAUAGCUGCAAUCCGAAUUGUUAUGCAAAAGUAAUUACGAUCGAAAGUCAAAAGAAAAUUGUAAUCUAUAGUAAACAACCAAUAGGAGUUAAUGAAGAAAUUACAUACGAUUAUAAAUUUCCAUUGGAAGAUGAUAAAAUCCCAUGCUUAUGUGGCGCUCCUCAGUGUCGGGGUACUCUAAAUUGAAUCGUUCAUAAAACUAUAUUGUUCAUCCCUUUUUCCUGUCUUCUACAUUUCAUCACACUCCACUCAUAUUUUUGUAAAUAUUUCCCCAUGUAAACAUUUUAUAAAAUGCAAUGGAAAAAUGCUAAAUUAUGUUAA